CGCCGGCCGGCAGUCCGCCGGCUUGUCGUUUUUAACCGGGUUGCGGCCGCGCGCGCAUCACUCGCCCGUCUGCAGCCAAACGCAACCUACCUCCAAGAAUAAUCGAUUAACUUACACAAUCAUUUGAUUUUUUUCUUUAAUUAAAAAAAAACAUUUAAUCAUGCUGAAAGUAGCUGUUGUGCUGUGUGUUGUGAUGUGUGUUAUUGUUGAGGCGCGCCCCAAGUGGCAGAUCCUGCCGCCAGUGCCUGGCUACGUGCCGGUCUACAUCAGGACCGGAGACACGCCACUGGAGGAGAUCAACCCCGACCUGGCUGAGGCCUUCCACGCGCUGCCGGCGGGACGAAGCGCCGGGAAGCUUCUAGAAGCCGCCUCCGACAUCUCGGAACAAUUCGAGGAGCCUAGCUCUAGCAGCUUCCCUGCCCAUCCGGAGACGCCGCAGACUCCUGAUGAACCGGAAGAAGCUUAGGCUAGUCUAGGAUGAUAGUGAUAUGAUUAAGUUUAUGGAGUGGAAUCGCCAGUGGUUCGGCUAUUCGAUUGUUUACCUAACUUAACUUUCUAAGAGCAAAAGUAAGGUAUGUCAAAAAAUACUCUUAGCACCUAAAAAGCUACUUAUUAGGUAGGUUACUAAAUUACGUAGGUACCAAUAUUUCAUCAGUUGACUAGUAAGGUACCUAAUCUUGAGAAACAAAAGAAACUGUUUAUUACUUACUUUAUGGUUUUGAAGGUAGGUUUAACUACCUAUCAAUAAAGCCUGAGAGAAAUCGAAUACCUAAGUAGCUAUAGUAAGUUAUUAUUUAUUUUAAAGAAAACAUUAAAAUUAGGUAACU